UGGACAAGAUAUCCAGCCGUUCUGUAAUAAACCAGAUGAAAUAAAAUGCAUGAUUUCUGAAAAUACACAAGGACUUUGCAUGCUUUAUAAACAUGGUGUUGAAAUAAAACCUGAAUUCCAGUAUGUGGAUAACUCAUUUAAUGUACCUGCAAAUGAACGAAAAUAUUAUGGAGGUUGGGUAAACUUUGACUAUUGCCCGGUGUUUAGUGUAAGUUAUCACAGUUUAAAUAAAUUUUAUUGA